UCUGUAAGACCGGGCUGUAAGAUGGCAGAUAGGAAUCCUUCUCCUCCUCGUUUAUCCGCGGAGGAAAUUGAGCUAAUACAAUACGACAACAUCGGUGAAACAGUAUUUAGCAAGAAAUGGGUGCUAGGAACUCUUAUGAAGCUGGUUCAAUCUCUUCAGUCCACUACUGAAGAUUCCGAGGAGGGCCAAAACGACGAACAUGCUUCAUCGCGCGAGGGAGAAGAUAAUGCAUCACACGAGCUUAGCGAUGAUUUUGAAAAAGAGCUGUGUGAACUAUGGGAUAUGUCAAUGAACGGUGAUGUAGCAGCAUUUUUGGAAGAAGUGGAAACUACUGAAGUCCUCUUAGAUGCUGUAUUGAAGUCACAGAAUCCAAGAGUUACAGAAAUUUGUGUUGGAAUUCUGGCAAACAUGGCUUGCAGUCAUGGUGUUUGUGUGAAGAUGUUGAGUAAUAAAGAUCUUGUUGAUAUUGUUACAGUUCUGCUUGAUGAACCAGAUGCUCCAGUCCUGGUGGAGGUUACAAGACUGAUUCAUGUUUGUUUGAGUAAUGAUGAGGUUGAAUCACAGUGGAUGGCAGUUUUGGAGGCAGAAACAGUCUUCAAGAAUUUUAUGUACAUCCUGGAGAACUCUUUAAAUGUGGAUCUUCUCACUAACUGCUCCCAAGUGGUAGAUAAGGUUUUGGAUACAAACGAUGAAAUGUUGCGAGCCUGGGCGGACUUACCCUUGGUUACUGCUGUUUGUGAAGCCAUGAAACAGAUGCAUAUGAGAUCUGAACAGCUCCAUAUAGUAGAGACACUUCUUCACAUUCUUCAAAUGGUAUCCACUGUAGAACAAGGUGUCCAGGGGUUAGUGAGUUGUGUAUCUGUUGUUCCACUUCUGUGCCAUUUUAUUGCUGAGUGUGGGCAUGAUGAAGGAGGCAUUGUUGUUGGUCGUGAAGUGUCACUUACUGAAUCCUUCUCAGUGUUGAAUGUUAUCCUUGUGGCAGAUCCCAUUACUGUGCUGACAGCCAUGGAAAAAGAUCCAAGAAUUAUGAAGGUACUUCUGGGUCUUCUAGGAUAUUCCUGCAAGAUACAUCGCAAAAGAAGCAAGAGCAGUUUGAACAGGCUUUCUUUCACAGAAACCAUGGAAAACAAGUUUGAAAGAAGUUUUAGCAAAGAAGAAAGUACUGAAGAAAAUGAAAAAAACAAUGCAGAAAAAAUCAAGGCUACAGAUGCUGAUUCAGAACCUUUAACAGACAAAGCACAUGUGGCAUAUGGAGAAAAUGCAGAGUUAAAUGAAAAUGUACAAAAAAGUGAUCAUCAAGCAGACAAUCAUGAAGGUAGCCUUGUGGAUCAAGUGGAAGAAACUAACAUGAGUAAAACAACAGAUGAAGCACCCAGUUCUUCCCAAGAAACAAUGAAAGAUCAAAAUGAUGGAAUUAGUGAUCAAGUCAAUAUUACUGAUGUCCACCAUCAAUACUUCACAGUGGCUACUAGCUUCUUAAAAGAUGUCAUUUCUGAAUCUGCUAAGGCUCCACAAUGUGUUUCAAGCAUGUUAGCACCUCAUGAAACUCUUCUCCAGAAGAUAGUUCAUUAUGCAAGCAGGAUUACAGUCUACAACACACUGGUGUGUGAGUUGGUGGAGUCAACACUCAGCACAUCUGAAUUGUCAUCUCUACACAAGAAACUGUCAGAAAGACUUUAUACACAAAAGGUCCAUUUGUAGAGGAAAGGAGGAAUAUUGUUGAAAGGAUUAAGAAGGCCCUCUCACCAUUUUUCUUGCCUCUCAACCCUUUAACUCCCAGAUCAAAUUUGUAAUUCUCCUUACUGCCAACCAUACAAUUCUUAUGUUAGUUCAGAGAAUUUAGUAUUGGAUUGACUAAUUAUUAGCAAAUUGAUAUUUUUCUUUAUUCUCAUCACUUAUCUGGUUGAUAUUAUAAAAAUAUUGUAAGGAGAAAUUUUUUCUUGGUCACUCAUGGGAGUUCAAGGGUUAGUUUGUGGCUUUGCUGCCUGCAAUAACUCGCUCACAUUUAGGAGUGAUCAAUGUGAAAAGUCUUCCUAUAGUUUUAAUGAAACAGGGAGUAAGUGUAGUAAGUAAGAAGGUUGAAAAUCAUCAACUGUGAGACAUAGUCUUGAAUUAUUACCAAAUUUAGAUAUAAAUUAGACAUAAAACAGAAUUAAAAAUCUGGGCUCUCCACAUGGAAAAGAAGGGAACACUGGUGGACAGUGAUGCACUGUAAAUAAGCAUGAAACUCUUGUGUGCAGUCCUUACACAAUUUAUUAAUACAUCUUACAAGUUUCCCAUGAUUAUCAAGUGUAUAAUUUAUUUCAGUGACAUAUUUUUGUAAAUAAAGUGUAUUAUUAGAACCAGUUGAUUUCCAGAUAUGGGUGAAUUAUUUCUCUGUUAAUCAGCUCUGUAAAAUGAAAUGAUUGCUAUUAUCUGCUGGCUUUGGCUCAUGCCACUUAAAACUAGAAGUUGAAGGUUAAAGCACUGAUUACUCUCCUUUAUCAAAACUACAGGACUAGAUUUGCCCCCCUCCCCCUUCUGCUCCCCAUAAGAUUGGGAUUGGAUCGAGAUCCUGCCCCAGUUGCACCAGGGUCCAGUCACUAUUUGUGAUCAAUGUGUUGAAAUAAACGUGGAAACCUC